AUGUCCAUUCAUUUGGAUGACGACAAGCUUGUUGUUUACAGACUCGUGUAUAGAUCGGUGAUAAAAGAAAAAGAGGAAAUAUCAUUAGCAUAUAUAGACGACAUCAUUAUUCUUUCUCAGACCACCGAUCAAGGGAUCAUAAAGCUGCAUUCUGUUCUUAAAUUAUUAGAUAAUGCGGGGCUUACGCUUAAACUCUCUAAAUGCGUGUUUUUUAGCCUUUCCGUUGAUUAUUUAGGGUUCGAAGUUUCCAGUGAGGGCAUAUUCCCUGGUGCAAGAAAAAUUAAAGCAGUAGAGCUUUUCCCGGUACCAACUAAUCGACACAAUGUUAAGCAAUUCUUAGGAUUAGCUAGCUUUUUCCAAAGAUUCGUACAAGGUUUUUCGGUAAUAUCAAAACCAUUGACAAAAUUAUUAAAGAAGAAGGCGACCUGGGAAUGGGGACAAGAACAGCAGAAUGCUUUCAACACUUUGAAAGGGGCGUUGGUGAAGACCUAUUCUGGCUCUGUAUAA